AUGUCUGGCGCGCCGAUCGAGAUGCAUUCCCUCGGCGGAGGGUACCCUCCACCACCGCGACGUGAGGCUCCCGGCUCCCUCGGGCGCGGAUAUCGCGAGGCUGAGGAUCGGGCCAAGGCCCAAGCCAGCCCGUCCGAGGGAGCAAUGGAUAACACAAGUUACUACGGCAUGGCGGCUGCGAGCUGGUACGCCCUCCUCGCGCUCCCGCUCCUCCUGCUCCCGCGCCUCGUCCUCUUCUUUGCCUCGGACGACGGGCCGCGCGCGACCCGCCUCUCCCAGUCGUCAAUGGGCAUGACCGUCCCCGGCGUCGAUCGAGGCAGCAUCAGCCGUUUUGAGCGUCCCUCGCGCCUGACGAGCCUCGAGGAACUUACGCUCCGUUCUUUGGGCCUGGGACUGCUCGCCCUCGCCUCCAUCACCGUGUUCGUCGUCGUACCCGCGUACAAGCCACACGCGCCUGGCCGCAAGGCCGUCACCACCGUCCUCGCCAUCCUCGGCUGCGUGACCGCCGUCGUGUCCUGGAAUUCUCCACUUGGCGCGAUGGCUGUUAUUACAGGAGUCGGGAAUGGAGUGGUGGGCGCGUGGGGUUGGUACGCGAUCAUGUUUGGCGAGGACGACUACAAGUUCGGCAAGUAUCUCAAGAAUGACAGCCGGCUCAAGCGACUCUAG